ACUUCCCACUGCCAUGAACUGACCUGCUACAUUGUUGUUGACGAAACAUGGGAAUUACCCACACUUUGUUGCACAAUUACAAAGGCAGUUUAUGACACAAUUUACAGCGGCUGUAAAAGUAAGUGAUACAGUAACUUUUAUCUCCGGGUUUACUCAAUGUGAGAGUUAAGACCUCAGACGACUCUGAGAGUUUGACAUUAUAUCCUGCAGACGCUGCUACAGGAAACACGGACACACAUCGUCACUGUACGCCGUGCAACCUCCGGUGGUGACAGCUCAUCAAUAACACGGCAAUUCAUUUGUCCCGACUGGGCUGCUGUAGCAUUAAUAAAAGCAUUGACAACGACAAUGUGCUCGGUAAUAUCGUUAAGCAGGGUCACAGCGACUCACCGGGCUCUGGCUCUCACGCUCCGCCCCAGAGGACACACCGAGGGUUGGAGCUGCGCAGUAACCGAGGGCAGGCGCCUCUGUCCCGGUGUAGGUUAUAGCUGUGAUCCGCUACAAGCUCCAAGGAGAUCCUACUGCUCCAGGAUGGCGCUGAAGGAAGGACUCCUCUUCAGACAACUGUUUGAGACCGAGAGCAGCACCUACACAUACCUGUUAGCAGACACGGACACCAAGGAGGCGAUUCUCGUGGACCCCGUGCUGGAGACCCUUGACAGGGACCUGAAGCUCAUACAUGAAUUGGGGCUCAAUCUUAAAGUUGCAGUAAACACUCACUGCCAUGCGGACCACAUCACAAGCACCGGGCUGAUGAAGAAAAGAUUGGUGGGGCUGAAGAGUGCAAUCUCCAAAUUCAGCGGUGCCUCUGCAGACAUCCAACUGUCAGAGGGAGACAAGAUCCCCUUUGGAAAACACCAUCUUGCCGUGAGAGAGACCCCCGGUCACACUGAUGGGUGUGUGACGCUGGUUACAGAGGAUCAGAGCAUGGCUUUCACUGGAGACGCUCUGCUCAUCAGAGGAUGUGGCAGGACAGACUUCCAGCAGGGCUGCCCUGAGACGCUCUAUCAGUCAGUCCAUCAGAAGAUCUUUACCCUGCCUGACCAGUGCCUCAUCUACCCUGCACAUGACUACUUAGGCCAGACGGUGUCAACAGUCAGUGAGGAGCGCAGGUUUAACCCGCGGUUGACGAAAAGCAAGGAUGAGUUUGUGAAGAUCAUGAAUAAUCUGAAUCUCCCCAAGCCAAAGAAAAUAGAUAUUUCUGUACCAGCUAAUCUGGUUUGUGGAGUACAUCAAGUCUGAAGGUCCUGCAAAGGAAAACUUCAAAUCACAUCAUCUCCAUAAUAUGAAAAUAAUCAACUACUAUCUCAGCAAGAUUAACCACGAUCACAUUGUGCUUUAUUCUGUGUAUUUAUGUAAAUAUAAGGAUGUAUAUUUUAGAAGUUACUUGAUCUACUCAUUGAUUGCAUCUACUAUGAUCAUGCCUAAAGAAACAUGGAAAAUCACUUUGAAUGGUCACUGAUCUUGUAACAGGUAAUGGUACCUCAGUCAGAAACUUGAGCUAUUUUAACCUUCCUUUAACAUUACCUUUGUUAGCUUGUUAGCUGUUAGCCAAAGAGAACAGUGACAGAGGAUGAAAGUAAAAGAGUAAGAAUGAGUGACUGAGUGAAAGCUGUAUAAGAGUAAAUCUUAACUGGAUGUACAGCGGUUUGGAAAAAGAGAAUUGCACUCCACCUUAAUGGGGGCCAAGCUGCAAAAAAAAGCUGUUUCUGCCUAACAUUGCUUCAAAAUUAAUAUUAAAUCAGUUCUGUUUUAGCAAGCCAAAAAUGAAUGUUUAAUGUGUAUACAUGAGGGAAAACCACUAGUGCUGAUUUUUAAUGAAAUAAAGAUGCAUGUUUCUCUACA